AUGAAGUGGCUGUGGAGCCCGGCGUUGCUUGUGGGCCUCCUGCCGGGCUUGGGUCUGGCAUACAAGGUCCUGAUCUCACAGGAUCCAGAGGCGACCGAGCAGCUUGACCAGACUUCGCAGUCCGAGGAGUUGGACGAGCUUGAUGCCCCAGAGGGCGCCGUUCCGCUCUUUGCACAGCUUGCAGCAGCAAUCCCUCUGGUUUGCCAGAACCUGACGAACUUCACGGGAAUGAUCAGCGACAAGGGAGUCCCAGCAAACGAGAACAUCACCUACCAUGUCGGGUUCUUAGAGAGUGACCUGGAGAUGCUUUCGGACAAGGUGAGCGGCUACUACACGGUGCUUCACGAGAUGUUAGGGGAAAAGGGCCCGACGCUUUGUCCACGAGGAAAGCAGAGCCACAUCAAGGAGUGCCUCAAGAUGGGCAUCUGCUUGUUGGAGGAGCAUGUGCCGGAAGACCUUGAGCUGGCGCAGUACACGACUUACCUGGAGCUAGUCACGGCUUUCAUCGAGAUUGGUUGGCCGGUCCUCAAAAAGGGUUUGCUCUUUGAGGAGAUGACCCCCCAAUUGCACGAAGAUCACGUGGCACCAGCUCUGUACCAGUGCGAUGAGCUCAAGCAUCCCGAGAAGCCCUUCGGCCACCCGCCCUUGGCCUUGCUGCAGUCGGAUGCCAAGGCUGCCCGCACCUUCGCGAUGUCAGCUGCAUUGAGCCAGGCUUCACGGACUACGCACGAGGUGCUGGACGCGCAUGAGGCAAGCUCCUCCGUGGACGCCACCGUGCAGAAGCUGCACCAAGUCUGGCAUCCCAUCUGCAAGGACCUGGGAUGCGAUCACAGCAGUUUCUGGGAUUUCCAUUUCGCCUCGCACCGGCAAACCUUGGCCCUGAUGAAGCUGGACUCCGCGCCCCACGUCCGCGCGGAAAUCCAGCAGCGCCACGGUCUGCACAAGCGAGUCCUUCGCUUCGUCGAGGACAAUCACGGCUACUACGGACAGAUCAGGAAUUCCAGCUCUCCCGGCCGAAAGUUCUUAGACCCGAGCUUCAUCCAGGCCUCUUCCAGGAAGUCUUUCCAGCGCUACGCCAGCAAAGGGCGGGAGUCGAUGAUGAGGUUCAUGCUGCCCACCAUGAGAGCUCUCGCCAGCACAGACGAGACGAGGGCGCUGCAGCUCCUGGAUCAGGUGGAGUUUCGGAAGUUUCAGAAGCGAAGGCAUCGACAACCGCAGAUGUACCAUCAGGAGGACCAGCACCAAGGGCAUGAGGAAGAUGAAGACGAGCUGAAUGACGGGGAGCGCAGCAUGCUCAGCGAAUCCACCGAUGAGGAUCCUGCAGAUGUCGAAGAUGAAGAGCCUAUGUACCUGCAGGUGUCUGACAGCGCGGAGCUUGAGUCUACAUCUGGCAUUGAAGGUGGUCGCCGUAGGUCACGCCGCAGGAGGAGCAGGAGGAGAAGGAGAAGGUGGAUCGGUGGCAGAAGACGUCGCAGACACCGGAGGAGGAUUUUCGAAGCGGCUGUGGCGGCUGUGGCCAAGGUGGUGGAAGACGUGGUGGAAUUCAUGGCGCAAGGUCUUGCCUGCAUGGGCACCGCGGCUGAGUUCACAUCCACUGGCUACUCCUACGAGGUCGCCCCUGGGGCUGUCUCAAUGAAUCUGGGACUUUCGACUGGUUCUGGACAGAGCCUGGACAGGUUGGUCCGGGGCCACCCACCAAGUGCCUUUAUCUCAGUGGACUUUGGCUUUGCCGUGGGGAUCACCGCGAAACUCACUUGGAGUGGUGUUGGCUUGGGCGGAGGUGUCGGCUGCAACGUGGACGGCUGUUCCGCCUACAUCACGGUCGCAGCGGUUGGCUCCGUGAAUCUUCCAAUGGUCACCGCAGCCUGUCCUUUCGGGGCUACUCUGGGUUCGGCCACCUGUGCUCAAGCAUUCGGAGGCGGCAUCUCCACAAUGUGUUGCAACAUGAAUUUGCAAACCGGAAGCAAUGACUGCCGCUAG